CACUCCUCAACUCGGCCGGUGGGGGGGACAUAGCUACCAGAUGAGAUUUGUUUCCAAACGCGCACCGAUGGCGGUGUGAGGCGUUUGGCUGAGAAGUACGCACGGCGCGGUGGAUUUGGUGAAUCUUUUGUUUUUUGUGCACCUUCUUCCUGCCUGGAUCCCGGCUGAGGUGGGGAGGGGGAGGACUAAUCAAAGCGAUGGAUUACUCAGUCUGCCUACUUUUACUCCUGUCAACCAUUUCGUCUGUGUCGGUCGGACAAUUCCCAACAGCGCAGAUAAUAAAGGAAUGGGCGGACCAGAUGCAAAAAGACUUGAUCACAUUAACAGACACAGCCAGCGGUAUACAGCACCUAACAAAGAUAUACAAAAAACACAGUCCUCACUUCACGGUGGAGUCCAACAAUGCGAGGGAGCUGGUGGCGACGGCUGCGGGGAACAUAGAGAAACUGCUGGCUAACCGCUCCGAGGCCCUGAAGAGGCUGGCAAGAGAAGCGGAGAAGUUUCAGAUGGAGCACAAGUGGAGGGACGACAGCGAGGUCGACAAAAUUGUUUACUACAAUGCCAAAGAGGACCUUAAUCAGACAGAGGAAGAAAAGAGAAAGAGGAACCGGUAUAUUCCAGACGAUUUUGAGAUAGACCCUGACUUCAAGCGGCUCGUCUCGUACAACACCACCGCCGUCCACAUCCCGACGGAUAUCUACGAAGGCUCUACCAUAAUUUUGAACGAGCUAAAUUGGACAGAGGCCUUGGAGGAGGUUUUCCGGAAAAACAAAGAAGAAGAUCCGUCGCUCCUCUGGCAGGUGUUUGGCUCUGCCACCGGAUUGGCUCGGUACUACCCAGCAUCUCCUUGGAUGAACUCGAGCAAUUCAGCCAAUAAGAUCGACCUCUACGAUGUGCGCAGGCGACCGUGGUACAUUCAGGGGGCAGCGUCACCCAAGGACAUGCUGAUCCUGGUGGAUGCGAGCGGCAGCGUUUCUGGUCUCACCCUCAAACUCAUCCGAAUGUCCGUCAGCAACAUGCUGGAGACCCUGUCAGACGAUGACUAUGUGAACGUGGUCUAUUUCAAUGACAAGGCCACGUACGCGUCGUGCUUUGAGAACCUGGUGCAGGCCAACGUCCGCAACAAGAGGAUGCUGAAAGAUGCUGUGCAGGGCAUCACUGCCAAGGGCACCACCAACUACAGGGGCGGCUUCCAGCUGGCCUUCGAGCAGCUCGCGCAGAUGAAUGUGUCAAGGGCCAACUGCAACAAGAUAAUCAUGCUCUUCACUGACGGAGGAGAAGAGAAGGCGGAGGAGAUCUUUAAACUGUACAACCCCAAUCAAGCGGUGCGCAUCUUUACCUUUUCUGUAGGUCAACACAACUACGACAAAGGACCAAUACAGUGGAUGGCCUGCACCAAUAAAGGGUACUACUAUGAGAUCCCAUCAAUAGGUGCCAUCAGGAUCAACACUCAGGAGUACCUGGAUGUUUUGGGCAGGCCUAUGGUUAAGGAUAACAAAAAGGCCAAGCAGGUUCAGUGGACCAACGUCUACCUGGACGCACUGGAGCUUGGCCUGGUGAUCACUGGAACUCUGCCUGUCUUCAACAAAACCAACACAGGCUCAAAGAAAUCUCUGAAAUUUCAGAACCAGCUCAUCUUGGGUGUCAUGGCUAUCGACGUCUCCCUGGAAGAUAUCAAGAGACUGACACCGCGGUUUACUUUUGGACCAAACGGCUACUACUUUGCCAUUGACCCCAAUGGAUAUGUGCUUCUUCACCCUAAUCUCCAGCCAAUGACUGCCAAGUUUCAUGAACCUGUUACGCUGGACUUCCUGGAUGCAGAGCUGGAGAAUGAGAUCAAAGUGGAGAUAAGAAGAAAAAUGAUCGACGGUCUAACAGGGAAUAACACAAUAUCUACGCUGGUGAAAUCUCAAGAUGAGCGCUACAUUGACUUAGGUCAGAGGACGUACACCUUUGCACCAGUGAAGGGGACAGAUUACAGCCUGGCCCUGGUCCUUCCUGAGUACAGUAUGCAUUACAUCCAGGCCAACAUCGGCGACACGAUCACCCAGGCAAAAUUUUCUGAAAGCCUGCUGGCGGACAAGUUUGAUGAAUAUGGCUACACGUUUAUUGCACCGAGAGUGUACUGUAAGGACUUAAAGCCGCCAGACAAGGACAAAAACAACACCGAGUUCCUCAUGGAGUUCAACCACUACAUUGACACAAAGACUCCAAACCACCCCCUGUGUAAUGUGGAGCUGGUGAACCGGUUGCUCUUGGAUGCCGGCAUCACCUCAGAACUGAUCAAGAUCUGGAAAGAAAACGAGCUGCAGCACGGUGUCUUGGCCAGAUUUGUUGCCACCGAUGGAGGGAUCACACGGGUCUACCCCAAAAGUGCUGGGCUGUCCUGGGUAGAAGACGCGGAGACGUACCAGUCAAGUUUCUAUAAAAGAAGUUUGGACAAUGAUCUGUACAUCUUCACUCCAACUCCCUACUCUCAAGAGAACUCGAGUGACGACUCAGUCCUGGUGAGCAGAGCAGUCGACAUCAACAUUAAUGACAUCAUCCUCAAACCAGCUGUGGUCGGCGUGAAGUUGGACAUCAGUGCCUGGAUGGCGAGCUUCAUCAACACUACGCAGAGGAUGAAUUGCAAUGAUGAGAUCUGCGGCUGUCAGCGAAACCACCCGUACGUAGACUGUGUCAUUCUGGAUGACGGGGGCUUCCUGGUGAUGUCCAAUCAAGAUGAGGAUAUUUCUAAGAUCGGGCGUUUCUUUGGUGCUAUCGACCCGAUUCUCAUGAAAAACCUGGUCAACUCGUCCCUUUACACCUUUAAGAAGACCUUCGACUACCAGUCGCUCUGUGACCGCAAGAAAGAGAGCCCGGCGGCUGCAGGCCCGCGAUCUGUCUAUGUGCCCACAAUUGCAGAUAUUUUGAAUUUAGGAUGGUGGGCGACGGCUGCAGCCUGGUCAAUACUGCAACAGUUACUGGUCAGCAUCACAUUCCCCAAUUUCCUGGACGCAGCCGAGAUGGAUGACGAAGCGUCGGAUGCCAUGCUGAAAGAUGUCUGCAUCACAGAGCAAACUCAGUACUACUUUGAGACCAACCAGCUGACUUUCAGAGGCAACAUCGACUGUGAGAACUGCACCAGGAUGUACCACGCCGAAAAGCUGCCCAAGACGAACCUGGUCUUUAUCAUCGCUGAUGCGAAACUCACCUGCUUGUCCUGCGACAACAGGCCGUUAAUACAGGACGAACAGCAGUCUGAUGGUCCUGAUCCCUGUGAACUGGCUCACAAUCCUCGGUACAGGAAAGGGCCUGCAGUCUGUUUUGAUAACACUGAAAACGAGGAGGACCCUGACUGUGGCGGGGCGUCCGGCCUGAGCCCCUCCCUUUGGCUAACGGUGGCCCUUCAGCUGGUGCUCCUCUGGGUUUUGACUGGCUCCAGACACCACGCCGUCCCCACAUGACCUCUGAACAUCCUGAUCACACCCUCCCUCUCCCCUCCCUCUAUUAUGUCCAAAAUGGCAACCAGCAUGCGACGCUGCCACCGAAACGACGAACGCCGAUGAGAAGGGCUUGUACCAAACAAACAAAAACCUGCGAGCCCCACAUCCGGCCUACUUCUUCUUUUGCUCCGUUCAUUUCCAGGGGUUUGUCCAGGCGAUUCAUCAGGUGCAAGGGUACAAGUGGCGAAAGAAAUGUGCACUGGAAGAAAUCGGCUUGCAAGAUGAGGAAGAACUUGACCUGCGCCUGUCGUUCAUCCCAUCAAUGGCCCUCGCCAGCUGAGAUUAGAGGAGUCCAGAAAUUAAUUUUGAUUGGCAACUUCUGAACUUUCUCUGGCUUCAUGUCAUUGAUGAAAGAGAUCGGACUGCCUUACAGUAUCAGAGAGAUUUAAAUCACGGUGGGGAGGGAGGGGGGGCUUGGUGUUUAUUGAAGAUGUUGAGCAGUUUUAUUCAUCACUGCCAGAAACAGCGCUGCCCUUUGCAAGCGUAAGGUUUAUUUUGAUUCGAUUUGCUGUGGCUAGUUAUUAGGUAUUUAUUGUUUUGUGGUUGCGAAUUCGGCUGAGAUUGCAGUAACAGAUGCCAAAUUAUUACAUCACGAGCUUUUGCCCUUCACUUGCCUCCAUUGGGUGGCUGAUAGUUAUGUUGUCGCAGCCUGAUUUUUAGAUAGCACUACCCAUUUUCACAGUAUCUCUGAGGGUUCACAAGAUCGUCUUUACUUUCGCCCCUGUGUUCUUUCAUGUAGAUGCUGUAUUUGCAGUGUGGAAAUCAUAUUCAUCGUUAUAUUUAUGCACAGAAACCGACCCUUCCACUGCCACAGCGCGCCUGGUUAUUAGUGUACGGAUUUUUAACUUUGUAGCUGAUCAUUUUAACCAUCGGAUAAAAAGAGUGGUAAAUUAUCUGGAAUUCCCCGCCUUUGGUGUUGGAUCGCUCCAAUGAAAACUUUGUUGCCAUAGUGCGCAUAAACCAAUCAGGGUGAGCCCGGCUGGCGUCCUAUGCAUGCUCAUUGGACAAAGUCUCUAGUGCCAUGUGGACUGUGUGACUCAGAUGAACCCUUUAGCUUUGUAGGCUGUGGCUAGCAUGCUGCUGUUUGUUUUAUUGCCACCACUAAAGAAAAUGAAUGAGGGAGGGGGUGUCAGAAUUUGUAUUUGACAUUUUGGUCAGCAAAACAGUAAAAACAGUACAUUUGUAUUCACUGCUGUCACUUUGUAAAUUAAAUGACUACUAUCUGCACUGCAAUUCAAAGUGCAGCUGUUGUUUGUCUUCACAGUUUGAUCGCCUGACUGAAGAAUACCCUCUAUCUCUGUGUAGUCCCGAGGUUCCCUCUUGCAGUUUUUUAUACUGUGCUAUGAUAUCACCCAGCAGAAAUCACUGCAGUCAGUCCAUGCUUGUGAUCCUAUCCACUGCUGUAUUUCAUUUUCUCCAAUGUGAGCUCACCCUGUUUCAUUUCGUGUGCCUUCUUUUCCAUUAGUUAUACAGAGCAACCUAACUUACGUGUGAACAUUACAGGCGAUUUUCUGUCCGUGGUUUUUAUUAAGAGCGUCACCUUGUUCGCCAGAGUGCGGAACAGUUAAAUAGUGAGUUGUAUGACGAAAUGCACUAAUCAGCCGAACCACUGCUGCAUAGCAAAAGAAAUCUGCCAUAAUAAUUAGUAGUAACACAUUUUAGAGGACCAAAUCCGGACUCUUAAAGCCACUGAAUGUCAAUGCAAUAUUAAUUAGGUCAGUGAGAACACUCGGAAAUAACUCACUUUAUUAGUUUCAGGAUUAAAAUCCAUCCUGAAGAUGCAACAUGCGGAAAAAGAUGACAUGUUUUUGUGCUCAGUUUGUGUAUUUACAAACUAUUGACGAUUAAAAGACAUAAAUUCGAUUAGGCAGGAAAUAAUAUGUCAGGCAUAAAACUUGUGCGAUUGUUGCGAGCUUUAAAUCCUCAGUAUAAAAGUGUCAUUUUGAUUUGAACCAGCUGCACUUGGCGGCUUGUUUGUCACUCCUGUCGUUGAGCAAUCCCACAAUUUCAUCAUUAUUUCGGCGUCUUGGUUCCACGCAAGGGUUGACAAUCACAGGUUAAAGUGAUUCACAUGCAGGGUGUGUGUGAUACCUCAUCAGUUCACUGAGAAGACAGAAACCCGCCAGAAUAGCAGCCAUAAUGUCUCAACUGCGGUGAUAUCAGAUUGAAGUGUACACUUCCUGGUUCUGUAAUAGCGCCCGCAAAUCACCAACAUUUUCAGCUUCAACUGUGUUUGAUCAUAGCAUCAACAAGGGAAGUGAUUUGGGGAUUUGGGGGGACGUCAUACGCACUGCUAAAACAAAACCAGGGAGUGCAUCUUUUUAUUAGAGUCUAAUCUAUAAACACUGACACAUGCCUGCAGGAAGCUGCUUAAUUCUGAGGGGAAGUGAAAACCACAGAAACUGAGCUGUGUGCGCCACAUUACCACUAGCGUUUGAGUUGUUUUAGUUAAAGAGCUGCUGUGAGAUCACACUGAAUAAUGUUUUAUAGUAUGAGCGUUCCUCCGAGUCAGAUCAGGGAGGGCUUGUUUGUCCAUGUCUCCACCGCCACCACCACCACCACCACCACCAUCAUAAGUUUCCAAGUGGUCUGAGGUGCACUUUUUAUUCUCAAUGUUCUCCUCUAUCUUGAACUAUAACCUCCCAACAAAAACAAUGUGGUGAGACUAACCAUGGUAUUUAUGCUCCUCAUUUACUAACACUCAAAAAUAUCAAGUGCCAUAUAGGACUCUUUUGUUCUCUUGUGGAGAAACCUAUUAUCGUAAUAGAACAUUUAUGCAAUUUACCAAGGCAAGAUGUAAGUCUUAUAAAUUGUUUCCCUGUGCUGCAUGGUAGUGGCUGACAAUUUGAAAAAACAAACAAAAAAAAAUGUAUCCGGUGUGCUCCUGCUUCAGUGUGUAAUGUUGGGAAGCAUUAUAUAAUGGGUGUUAUGAUAUGAUAAGGUAUGAUCAGCUAUUACUGCCUUUCUCUUGGGGGGACAGCAUUUGGCUCCAAACUGGUCUGAGUCAGCUGGGGAAAGGGAACCUGAUUGGCCGGCGUGACGUUUGAAUGCACUGCUCAAUCUGUCUGAUUGGUUCAAGCCACAUAUGAUUCACCAUAAUUUAAGGAUCAGUGAUUUAGCAAGUUUGAGAGCAAUUACUGCAAAUCAUGAAUAUUUUUGCUUUACUGCUGAUUAUGUUGCAGACCAUGUUUCGGCUUUUGGAUUUUCAUCUGGGGGUCAGGCAGUCUACCACUUUGGUCCACACUGAAAUAUAUAUAUAUAUAUAUAUAUAUAUAUAUAUAUAUAUAUAUAUAUAUAUAUAUAUAUAACUAUUGGAUGGAUUGUUGUGAAAAUUUGUACAGACAUUCAUGGUUUCCAGAUGAUGAAUCCUGAUGACGCUGGUCCCGUGACUUUUACUCUAGCACAACCACAGGGUUCACAUUUUUAGCUUUGAGUGACAUGUCUCAGAUAUUUGUAAAUUUUUAUGAAUUUUAAUCACUUUUGUGAUCCCUGGACUUUUUUUUUUAUCUUAUGUCACUUUCAAUGUGUCCAGUAAUUUGGUUUUUGAAUGAAUACCUGAGAAACAUUCCCAUCAGCCUCAGCUGUACUUUGCGUAAAAAGGGAAAACAAAGGAUAUGUGAGCAGGCUAACACACUGAAUGAAGGUCAAGGACACGGUAAAGAUAACCUGCUUAACGUCAGCAUGCUAACGACCAAACUCUAGACUUGCUUUUCUUGUUUCUAGGCAACCAUUUGUUUCCAUUUUUUUGCACACAGUAUGAAAAUGUGUAGAUUCCAGAAGCCUCUCAUGCUAGUGUGAAGAGAUUGAUAAUUGAUUUUGAAGCUGCACAAAAAUGAAUGGAAACCAAUGGCUGCCUGAAAAAUAUGAAAACACACUGAAAUAUGAUGAAAAUUGGAAAUGUCGGCAGUAGUAGGCUAUAAAUUAUAAAUGAAUUGUAGUUAAGAAGCUAAACUUGCAAAAACACUGGUCCUUUGGAUCUGUUUCGGCAGACCUACAUCGUACAGAUAUGAAAUUAGUGGAAAUUAACACCACCUAAAAUGCUCCAACCGGAUCCUUUUAGAAAUGCCCUGAAAAAACUGGAGAACGAACAUGAGCUCCAUACUCAUCCAGAUGUUCCAUUCUACUCUUUAAGUGCUAAAAUCAGAUGCUGUCACCUCAGGAAUAAUAUUAUCUCGAUGUGAUAUGAAGUGUUUUUGAUUCUGUUGGUGCUGUCUGUAUGGAUCGUGUGGGUUGGCCUUUUUUUUUUUCAGGAAUCUUGACGAUUGCUUAAUGUGUGUGUUUUUUUGUGUCUGUUACCUUGCUGCCACUCUUUGGCGGACGACUGGCGGGCCUGUCAGUCAAUCUUUCCCUGCCUUUGGUUUUAAGGCAGGCUCUUGAUGGAAGCGUCCACCAAGUCGCCCCUUGCAAGACUCUUGCGAGACGGUCUUGGUGGGCCUCUCUGUCGGUCUCCCUCGAUUGUGCUUUAAUAUGUUACACUGUAGUGGAACUUGAUUCUCCAGAAUCAGUCAUGUAAAAAUUUGUACAAAAAAUCAAGUUGUUCUCAACAAAAAGAAAAAAGAACAAUGUUUAUAAUCCCGGGGAGGAAAAACGUGUUUAUUCAUGUGCAAAGGUAUAUUCAGAAUAAAACUU